CAGAGGGGCAGUGCCAGCCAAGAGUCCUCUACGAGCGGCUGCCGCGGCGCCUCCACAGCGUCUCUGACAGCCUCGGCGCCGGUACCCGCAACCCUCGCUACCUCGCGCAGCCCCCACGGCCUCCAUCGCAGCCCGGGUCCCGUCCCUUGCCUCGGCGCCCACAUCCGGGGGCGGUCCGGCUCUCAGUCGCUGCGGAGGCCGCAUCUGGCGCGCAUCUGGAACCGCCUGGCCGGCCGCGCUGGAGCCCGCGCCCAACCUGGCCCGGCCGCGCCGGGAGCCCUGCCCGGAGCUGGAGCCUUCCCUGGAGCUGCGGCCCCGGGGCCCUGAGCUGCGCAGCCGGCGCAUGGUGAACUCGCUUCUGUUUGGGGAGAUGGCCUUGGCCUUCGGCUGCCCUCCGGGUGGCGGCGGCGGCGGUGGGGGCUGCCCGGGCGGGGGCGGCGGUGGGGCCGGGCCAGGGCCAUCGCCAGUGACGGCGGCGCUGCGGGACGACCUGGGCUCCAACAUCCACCUCUUGAAGGGGCUCAACGUGCGCUUCCGCUGCUUCCUGGCCAAGGUGCACGAGCUGGAACGGCGCAACCGGCUGCUGGAGAAGCAGUUGGAGCAGCAGCAGAGCGAGCGCGAGCGGCGGCUGCGCUACAAGACCUUCUCCCGUGAGCAGGCCGUACAGACCGGGCCCGAGCUGCUGCGGCCACUCGCGCCGGGCAGCGGACACGGCAUCGGUAGCGGCGCGGCCGCCGGCGCCAAUGCCAACGCCAUGGCCCUGGGCGGCCUGCCCCCCGGCCACGGCUCGCACCCGCAGCACUACGGUCGCUUGCCCGGGACCAUCUGGAGCUACACGCAGGUGCGGCGCACGGGCGGCGGCGGCGUGGAGACCGUGCAGGGCCCCGGCGUGUCGUGGGUGCACCCCGAUGGCGUGGGCGUGCAGAUCGACACCAUCACGCCGGAGAUCCGCGCGCUCUACAACGUGCUGGCCAAGGUGAAGCGAGAGCGCGACGAGUACAAGCGGAGAUGGGAGGAGGAACUCGCCAAGCGCAUGAACCUGCAGACCAUGGUGGACACGCUGCAGGAGGCGGCACAGGAGGCUGAAGCCAUCCAGGAGGAGAUGAAUGAGAAGAUCGAGCGGCUCAAGGCCGAGCUGGUGGUGUUUAAGGGGCUCAUGAGUGAUCCCAUGACAGACCUGGACACAAAGAUCCAAGAAAAGGCCAUGAAAGUGGACAUGGACAUCUGCCGCCGAAUCGAUAUCACGGCCAAGCUGUGCGAUGUCGCACAGCAGCGGAACUCGGAAGACGUGUCCAAGAUCUUCCAGGUGGUCCCCAAAAAGAAAGAGCGUAAAGUGGCUUCGGACGAGGACAUCUCUGAGCAGGACGGGGAGGUGAACCGGUUCUCAGACGAGGAGGUCGGUUCCAUGAACAUCACAGACGAGAUGAAACGCAUGUUUAACCAGCUGCGGGAGACCUUUGACUUUGAUGAUGACUGUGACAGCCUGACGUGGGAAGAGAAUGAAGACACGCUGCUACUCUGGGAAGACUUCACCAAUUGCAAUCCAUCCAUUGACCUUCAGGGCGAGCAAGAGGAAAACUUGGGCAACCUGAUCCACGAGACGGAAUCCUUCUUCAAGACGAGAGACAAAGAGUACCAGGAAACGAUAGGCCAGAUCGAGCUGGAGCUGGCCACGGCCAAGAGCGACAUGAACCGGCACCUGCAUGAGUACAUGGAGAUGUGCAGCAUGAAGCGCGGGCUGGACGUGCAGAUGGAGACCUGCCGCCGGCUCAUCAAAGGCUCUGCAGACAGGAAUUCACCGUCCCCCAGCUCUGUGGCCAGCAGUGACUCAGGAAGUACAGACGAGAUCCAGGAUGAGUUUGAGCGGGAGGCAGACGUGGAACCCAUGGUCAGCUGAUGACUGAGGCCCCCAUGCCUGCUGGUCUUGGUGAUGGGGCCUCUGCACCCCUCUCCCCAUGGGGCCAGGAAGCUCCUCGGAGUGGGGCUCCAGUCCUCACCACACAGACUUCCUCUGCCCUCCCUUCUCUGGAGGCCCCAAGGGACCGCUGCUUCCUUCCUUCCACCCACCACCAACCAGUGCCCCUUCUCCAUCCACCCACCCAAGGAAUGGUGCUCUCAAUUUCUAUUGUUCUCCACAUUACAAAUGCAGAUUUCUGUCCGGACGAUGCAGUGUUAACUGUGCCUUUUCCCUUAAGCUGAGCCACUUUGAGCUCCAAAGAAUUAUUCCUAGCAGGUGUUUUUAUACAAAAGUUUAAGACGAGGGCGGGGCCCUAGGCAUCAUUUAAUGUGGUUUUUUUCUACCCUCCCACCUGCUCCUCUGAUUGGCCAUGAGUUAUGCCCCUCUCCUCUGCCAGCCAAUGCUGAUGGAGUCUGGCUUGGGGUGGUCCACCUCCGACCAGGAUGGAGCUGUUUGCUUCUGCAACCUCUCCAGGCCUGGGUGAGGACCUCCCAAGGGUUUUUCACUUACCAAAAAAAAAAAAAAAGGUGGAAGGAGGGAGGGAAGACAAAUUUUUAUUUUCUUUUUGGAUCGAGUGGCAAAGCAGAGGGACAAGGCACUGUGGGGGAAGGUGGAGCCUCACUGUGUUUAAACUACUAUGCAAAAAAACAAAACAAACAAACAAAAAAGCAGCUUGCCUUAUAUACUGUGGAAGGUAGGCCCUCUCCCAGACUCACGGUUUUCCCUUGGAGCUGGGAGGCCAAAGCUUGGGCGGUGUCUCUUGCAGCCUCUCAGGGUGAGCACUGACUCGGGAGGGGGUUCGGUCAAGGUCGGUAAGGAGGCCUGGGACCAGCAAGGCCCUUGAACACCUGACUGCUUUCUUGGGACCUCUGUGGGUUUUGGGGGGGUCUUUUAUUGCCCUGAUGACUUGAUGUUUCCCCCUCUAUUUCCAGCCAACUCUAAGGGGUUAGAUCUGUAAUUUCUCUGUGAGAAAGUCUGAAGAGAACCAGGCCUGGUAUCACCCCUUCCACAGUGGAGCUGGGUUAGACCCAACUGCCGCCAUCUUGGUUCUCCACUGUGUCCCAGUUGCCCACUGUUUGGCCACUGGCAGGCGCUGGGAAGGGGAGGGGAGGGAGACGAUGAGGGCUGCGGGCAGAUUGGAGGUGGUGGGAGUAGGCGCUCCCAUGAGAACCAUCCUUGUUUUGCUCAUGGACGUAUAUAUGUAAGCUUCUUUCCAUACUUUACUUGACUGACCAGUUACGGAAUUAAUUGAGCCAGUAUCUCUCCAAGACUUGAGUGGGCCUGAGUUGAAGGGCGCUGAGUGGGCCUGAGUUGAAGGGCGCUGUGUUAGGCCACCUGCUGAAUCUCAGCUUGGAGCCAGCUGAUCAUGCUUUGCUUUUUUUUUUUCUUUUGCACCCACUGCUGUGGGUAUCAUGGCUAUUUUGCUUUUGUUGGCCCCGCAGCUCCCCCUGGAGGUCAAAGGAGCAAACUGUGCCCAAGGACUAGAGCGCUGUACCCCCCACUGCUUAUGUCUGGAGGCCAAGGAGGGGCUCUGGCUUUCAAUAGGAUGUGACCCCCAGUCUCUCCUCCCCGGGGUACCAGCCACCUUUAACCAGCCGCGUUCUCUUCUGUUUCCCCCACCUGUUCUGCAGUCUUAAAACCAUUGUAUAUAAUAUUCAUAUAAUAUAUAUGUAGAGAGAGGAAAAAAAGAGAGUGUGUGUUAGUAUGUUAUUUUUAUUUAUCAGAACAUGGUGGCCUUCAUCAUUUUUUUCUUGUUCUUCUUCUUCUUUUGCUGUUGUUGGGGCGGGUGGUGGGGCACCUCCUACUCUUCCCUGUGGCAUGCUGGCUGAAAGGCUUCUGUUCCCAGCAUCUCUUAUUAGCGACACAGUCCCUUGGUAGGUACCAGGAGGAACGAUGGUUUCGGAGAAGAGACAGCCCCUUCCCCUCCUCCUUACCCUUGUUCUAAAGGUUACAGGGUUCAAACAUGCCUGAUUGUUAUUGUCGUUAUUGUUAUUAUUGUCUUAGUUUAGUUUUAUUUUAACCAAAGGUUAUCAGAGCCAGUUGGGCUUGGACCUCAGCUGCUAAAAGGAUUUUCCGUUUUCAGGAGGGUUGGGAAGAUGGCCGCCCUCGAAGGCCUCGGCUGUCCGGGACUGAGGAAGGCAACGAAUGGUGUGGGCAGGCAGGUAGAGUGGAAGCCAGCCCCCAGUUGUCCCUCGAGGUGGCAGGAGAGUGAUAGACCUAUCGUUAGAGUUAAGACAGUGAGGCAACAGUGUAAGUAUUUGAGGGUAGCUAAGGUGACGGUGGCGAUUGGUGUCCAGUGGUAUUAUUUUUGCUUUUCCCCUUGUAUACAUAGGACGUUUGUCUCUGGGGACUAGAGUGCUCUGAAUUUGUCCAAGGAAUAUGGAAGUGGGAGGCGCCAGAGACAGACACUGGCCGGAAAGUUCUUUCCUGCUGGUUUUCAAGAGCUGCUCUCCCCUGGGGAGCAAGGAUUUGGGGCAGGUGGAUGGUGGGGGCUGGGGGACAGCAAGGGUGUGGCCAACCUGCCUCCCUAGCAGGGUCUGGGGUCUUGGCCUGGCUGCCUCCCUCCCCACCAAGUUCUUUUCUGAAUUAGUUGCCAGUGGGCCCUUGCCAUGAGCCCACAGCUUGCCAAGAAAGACCCCAAAACUCAAUGGGGCAGCCCCAGGUCCAGAUGGGACACGCUGGCCCGUCUUUUGUAAAGCUGUAAAUACUUAAUUUUGGUUUUCUAUUUCUAAGCCCGGUGUCAUAUUGACAUUGGUAGUUUAGAUCGCUCUCAAAUGGACUCUCCUGUGCUGCCUUCUCUCACUCUCCUAUUUUUGGGGGUUUUAUAAAAAGAGAGGAUUGGGGAGGGGCAGGGAGAGUCGCUUCCCUUGGUUCCCUGGUUGUGGAACACACACACACACACACACACACACACACACACACACACACACAUGGAGUUGGAGACUCCAAACAGGAAAAAAAUUGUUGGCAAGUAAACACACUUUAUUUUCUUGUGGCAAUAUAUCUUGAGGUCUCUGAAGGGCCAGUCCAUCUCAGACUUAACUCUGUGGGUGCAGCUCAGAUGACAGGGAAAAUCAAACCACUUUGGCUUGGGAUGGCGGAGAGGGUGUGGGGUAGGGGGAUACUAUAAGGUGUAACUUAAGCUAAAUGUAAUCUAUUUAUAAAGCAAGAGACUCUCAUCUAUUUUUAUGAAAGGAAACGUUUUUUAAUCUAGGGUAGACAGUUGUAGUAGCCCAGCAUUUUUCUGUGGACACGAUGCAUGUUGCUGCUGGAUUUAAUAUAAUCGGUACCCCUCAUCCUGUCUCCCUGUUCUCACCGCCUACUCACCCAUGCCCAGGAGUGGCUUCAUAAGAGUGUAGGCUCCACUUCACCCCAUUUCCCUGUUCCCUGAUUCCCCCCAGCUCCUGGGUCCUUGGAAGUCUUAGGGGAGUGGGACUUGUGGGAGUGGGUGGGCAGUGGUGAAUUCAGAAUUGAGGUGGGUGGGGGGAAGGAAAGGGGGCACUAGAUAGGGGACAUGCUCUGCUUCGGAGGGUGGGCUCUGAUUAGUUUACUCGAACUCUGGUCUGCCAAGGUCCAUUUCCAAGUCAGCUGUGUUUGGCAAUGGGGCUGUCGCUUCAGGGACCACACAGCUUACUUGGGUUGUUAGGCAGCUGGAGCUGGAGUGGAAAAGCCAUGAAAUACCCAUAGCCCAGUGCUGGCUGUGCCUACUGCUUGGGCUGCCAACCUUGAUAUGCUCCUCCAGGGCCCUGGAUGAGGGACUAGGGUGCCGGGGGCUCCCUCAGACCUGCGGCAUCUACCUUGAGACUCCAAGCUCUGAUUCUAGAAGGGCAGUCUCCUAGAAUGGGGAGUCUGGAGGCAGCCAGUUAUAGAUAAAGGCAAAUUCUGGAAGGGAGUUUUCCACGGGUGAAAGUUUUUCAGGCUCAGGGUGGGCUGUGCGUUAGUCUUGGGCAAAUCUCUCACUAUUCCUGCUGUUAAGCCCUCAAAGAAAUGAGACAAAGUCACCCCCCAACCCCCACCCCCAAGCUCCCUUUGUGGACAUUUUAGCAUCUACCUGAUUUUUAGUCCCGUCCGGGAGACUUUCUAUCCCACCCCACUGUGGCUGUUUGUCCGCCAGCUGGGUCCAGCAUCAAAGGGGAGGUGGGGUUUAUACUCAUUGAAAGACUACUGAUCCUACCGGAAACCAACCUGUUUACUGUACUGUUGUAAAUAUCAUGCCCUUUAUAUCCUGUAUAUUGGCUUCUUUUAAAUAAAGUGAAAUGUCUUAGAA